CAAACGCUCAGGAGGACCACGGCGUUCUGCAUAUUCCAGAACCGAGCCAUCGUCCACGGUCACGCUGGGCCGUCGCUCGGUAUGAGUCCGGUAGCGGGGUCCGUUUGUGGGGAAAGUCAUGAACGCGGACCGAGCCCUCCAGAUGUUUUUCAUCCAGAUGCGGACAGCAAGCCCCGCCCACCUCCGCUUCUGCGCCCGUGACGUCAUCGGGCCGCUAAAACACGAGCGAGCAAAACAUUCCGGGAUUUGAGCGACUCCAGUCACAUGACUUCCGGCCGGCAGACAGCUGAGACGGACGCAAUGAAGAGCGGGAGACUUCUGCUGGUGUCCAACUCCACGCUGCACGGCAGCGGCUACCUGGACCACUGUCACGAGCACAUUGCGCGCUUCCUGGGCAGAAAGGUGAAGAGGGUCUUAUUCGUCCCGUACGCGCUUCACGACAGGGACGCCUACGCCGAGACCGCUCGAAAGAAGUUUCGGACUCUGGGUUACGAGCUUGACAGCGUCCACGACGCCGCCGACCCUGUUGAUGCCGUCAACAAGGCGGAAGCCAUUUUUAUUGGUGGAGGAAACACUUUCCGGCUGCUGAAGUGUCUCUAUGACAACCAUCUGCUGACCGAGAUCCGGAGAAGGGUUCUGGAGGACGGCGUGCCGUACAUGGGCUCCAGCGCCGGCACCAAUGUGGCCACUGUCAGCAUCAGCACCACCAACGACAUGCCCAUCGUCUUCCCGCCUUCUUUCGCCGCCAUCGGCCUCGUCCCCUUCAACAUCAACCCACACUUCUUGGACGCCGACCUAAACAGUCGCCACAUGGGGGAGACGAGAGAGCAACGCAUCGCUCAGUACCACGAGGAGCCGGAUACGCCGUCGGUGCUGGGUCUUCGUGAAGGUUCUAUGCUACUGGUGGAGGGCCAGCGAGCAACUCUGUUGGGAAGCACCAAGGCGCGUCUCUUUACCAGGGGACAAGCGGCGGUGGAGUAUGAGCCAGGAAGUGAUCUCAGCUUCCUGCUGACGGAGCUUUGACCAAUCAGAGCCCAUGUGAUGCUACCCCAUGCUGGCCAGAGGGAAUGUCGGCACAAGUCGAACAUUGUCAACGCCUCACACGAAUGUGUUGACAAAGUUUAUUUUCAUUGAAAAGGUGAAAUCACAAAAGCGUGAAAAAGUACAUCAAAAGUGCGCACACGUGAAUGCUAAUUUUAAUACUUGGUUGUUCAGAGUGGGCGCCGUGUUGCCACACUUGUUCUACCUCCGCCAAGACUCAUUUGUUAAAAAACUAUGUCACGGGAAGUACUGCGUUAUGUGGAGUUGCGGCAGCGGCGCCCUCUGGUGAACAACACGGAGUGAUGAUUAAUCAAUUAAACCAUGUAGAAUGGAAACCCAAUAUGGGUUUUUAGAUUCA